AUGCGGGUAUUGACGGUUCUAUGGCUUUUGUGUGUCGUGCUGGUGGCGGUGGCUGCCGAGCGCGACUACUACGAGGUGCUGGGCGUUGCGCGAGAUGCCUCCGACAGGGAAAUCAAGCAGGCGUACCGCGAGCUGACAAAGAAGUACCACCCGGACAAGAACCCGGGCGACGAGACGGCCCAGGCGCGGUUCAUUGAGAUCGGCGAGGCGUACGCGGUGCUGACUGACGACGAGCAGCGCGCGGUGUACGACCGGUACGGGCACGAGGGUGUCAAGCAGGGCGGGCAGCAGCAGCAGCAGCAGCAGCACGAUCCGUUUGACAUGUUUGCCAACUUUUUUGGCGGCGGGCAGCAGCGACGGGGGCGUCCGCGUGGCGCAGACAGCUCGACAGAGCUGGAGUUCACGUUGAAGGAGUUUUUCAACGGGCUAAAUACCGAUUUUUCACUCCAGAUGCAGGAUAUUUGUGACAAGUGUUCGGGCAGUGGGUCUCGCGACGGCAAGACGCACACGUGUUCGCAGUGCAGCGGCCGCGGACGGGUGGUGGUGAAGCGCCAGAUCGGGCCUGGCAUGUUCCAGCGGUACGAGAGCGUGUGUCCGCAGUGUCAAGGCUCGGGCAACCAGAUCACCCACCAUUGCAAAAAAUGUCACGGGCAAAAAGUGGUUCGCGGCGACCGGAAAUACAACUUCCAUCUACAACCAGGAAUGCCUCGGAACCAUGUGGAGAUAUAUGCAGGGGAGUCUGAGAAGUCGCCGGAAUGGGACGCUGGCGAUUUGCGGGUCAAGAUUUCCGAGAGCAAGACGGGUAAUUUGGGGUACCGACGGGUCGGUAAGCACCUGUACCGCACAGAGGUGCUGACGCUGAAGGAGGCGCUGAACGGUGGGUGGGAGCGCGCGAUCCCGUUCCUGGACAACUACGACAACACGGUGGUGCUGAAGCGGGCUCCAGGACAGGUUGUUGCGCCCAACGAGGUGGAGAGAGUGAAAGGCCGCGGGAUGCCUGUUUACGGGGGCGUUGACGAGUACGGAGACUUGUUUAUCGAGUACAAGGUAGUGAUCCCGCACAGUAGCAAGUAUAAAGACGAGUUAUAG